AUGCUAAAACUGAUUGUCAUCUCAACAACUAUAAACCUUUCUAUAGAGGAGUACUCUAAAAAGGCACCUAUGGCUCUGUGGGAUAUCAGCCUUUCUAUAUUUUACAUCCUGGUAUUUAUCAUCGCUGUACCUGGAAAUGCCUUGGCGCUGUGGGCCUUCUUUCAAGAUAAAAGCACCUCCUCCUUUAAGGUCUUCCUGAGAAAUCUAUCUAUUGCAGACAUCAGUUACGUCCUAAUUUUACCCAUGCGUAUAGUUUACCACUUGUCUGAUGGCUACUGGCCUUUUGGGAGCAUCCUCUGUCAAGUGUCAUUCUUUCUCUUUUACCUGAACAUGUACUGCAGCCUCUUCCUGAUGAGUUUAAUCAGCCUGGACAGAUUUCUAGCUAUAGUUUUACCUUUGAGAUCUCAAAAAAUCAGGAAGCCUUUGAAUGCAAAGAUAAGUCUUGUCAUACUUUGGGUGAUAGUUACUGUUUCGAUGAGUCCGUCGCUUUUCUCAAAAAAGAACCACGACAACUCAACUGUUGUGUGCAGCAUGCUGUACCUCCAAAAGACAUCUCCCAACGCUUUGAUUUCCACUGCCGUGGCUUUUCUUAUCCCUUUCAUUACCAUAAUUAUUUCUUGUGUACUGAUUUUGUUGAAACUGAGGAAGCUCAAGCAGCAGGAAGGACGUCCGAUAAAAGCCAAAGCUAUACAAAUGAUCAUUCUUAUUUUGAUGAACUUCCUGUUUGCGUUCGUGCCCUACCACGUGUGCAGGAUCAUCUACACUCAAAGUCAAAGUCUUGAACAAGUUGCAACAAUGAACAGGUCACUGGAAAGAGCCAAUCAGAUCACGUCUGCAUUGACCUGCAUCAGCGGCGCCCUGGAUCCUGUGAUGUAUUUCUUCUUAAAUCGAGCUUACAGAAAGACUUUUUUUAAGCUGUUUUAUAAAAAUAGAAACCAUGGUUUGUAA